GCCGGGUCCGAGCACCUCGGGUCUUUACGCAUUGCAUGUCCACAGACUCCUACGAAGGCGAGGAUCUGCUCUCGUUUUUGCGGCUCGUGGUGCUGCAGAUAAUGUCCGCGGUUCCCGGGACUCCGCGCGGAAACAGAAGUUUGCACGGUGUGGACCCAGUGACCUUUCCAAGCUGUGCGCCUCACUGCCUGGACCGGGUCUGAGCGGCGCUGCCCAGGCGGACCUUUACGCGGGAGGGUGCGUGCUGUUGUCUCUCUGUGUCUUCAACGGAGCCCCACACCCACCAGCCUCUGAGUUCUGGAAGAAAGGGGCGGCUCCCUCCGCCCCCCAGUACCCCGGGAAAUGGGGAGCAAGGCCCUGCCCGCGCCCAUCCCGCUCCACCCAUCGCUGCAGCUCACCAAUUACUCCUUCCUGCAGGCUGUGAACACCUUCCCCGCCGCAGUAGACCACCUGCAGGGCCUGUACGGUCUCAGCGCCGUGCAGACCAUGCACAUGAACCACUGGACGCUGGGGUACCCCAACGUACACGAGAUCACCCGCUCCACCAUCACCGAGAUGGCGGCGGCGCAGGGCCUCAUGGACGCUCGAUUCCCCUUCCAGGCUCUGCCCUUUACCACUCACCUCUUUCACCCCAAGCAGGGAGCCAUUGCCCACGUUCUCCCAGCCCUGCACAAGGACCGGCCUCGUUUUGACUUUGCCAACUUGGCCGUGGCUGCCACGCAAGAGGACCCCCCUAAGAUGGGAGAGCUGACCAAGCUGAGCCCCGGGCUGGGUAGCCCCAUCUCGGGCCUCAGUAAAUUGACUCCGGACAGAAAGCCCUCCCGAGGGAGGUUGCCCUCUAAAACGAAAAAAGAGUUUAUCUGCAAGUUUUGCGGCAGACACUUUACCAAAUCCUACAACUUGCUCAUUCACGAGAGGACCCACACGGACGAGAGGCCGUACACGUGUGACAUCUGCCACAAGGCCUUCCGGAGGCAAGAUCAUCUGCGGGAUCACAGGUAUAUUCAUUCCAAAGAAAAACCCUUCAAAUGUCAGGAGUGCGGGAAAGGAUUUUGUCAGUCUAGAACUCUAGCAGUUCACAAAACUUUACACAUGCAGGAAUCUCCACACAAAUGUCCCACAUGUGGAAGAACCUUUAAUCAGAGAAGUAAUCUGAAAACUCACCUUCUCACCCAUACAGACAUCAAGCCCUACAGCUGCGAGCAGUGCGGCAAAGUGUUCAGGCGAAACUGUGAUCUGCGGCGGCACAGCCUGACUCACACCCCGCGGCAGGACUUCUAGAGAAGCCCAGGAUCUGUCCCCGUGCCGCCCUGCUCCCCUCCCCAGACACCUCUACACGCCUCCCACCCCAGGGUUCCACCCCAACUCUUUACAGACCCCAGCUCUGCCCUUGCUGCAGCUGCACCUGCAGCUCCAGGGAGUAAACUCUGCUUCCGGAGAACUGAGAACUGUAGAAAGCCACACACGUACAUCCCUUCACAAAGAGCAUAUGCUAGUUUCUUGUAGAUAUUCACAGCUCAUUUUAGAGCUCUGUACAUAAUGUCGUGGGUCUCUGUUUUGUUUUGUUUGUUUUUGUAUCUUGUUGGAUGCACCUAGA